GACCCGGUUGGGGUCCUUGCGAGAGGUUUCAGGAGUCGUUUGGACCCGGGGUCUGGGACGCGUCAGGAGAAGGGAGUUUUGGCCUUUCCUUCUUCAGGCCAGAGAUGCCUCUUUUUGGGAAUAUAUUCAGUCCGAAGAAGACACCGCCUCGGAAGUCUGCUUCUCUCUCCAACCUGCAGACUAGCCGACACACUGUGUCUUGCCCACAGUUGGAUCGUUCUACGAGGGAGGUGGAAUUGGGCCUUGACUAUGGAAGUCCCACUAUGAACUUGGCAGGGCAAAGCCUGAAGUUUGAAAAUGGCCAGUGGAUAGCAGAGACAGGGAUUAGUGGGGGUGUAGAUCGGAGGGAGGCUCAGCGCCUCCGACGGCGGAACCAGCAGUUGGAGGAAGAAAACAAUCUUCUGCGGCUGAAAGUGGACAUCCUGCUGGACAUGCUUUCAGAGACCACUGCGGAAUCCCACUUAAUGGAGAAGGAACUGGAUGAGCUGAAGAGUGUUGGUCGGAGGAGGAAGUGAAGACCCAGAGACAUUCAUUAGGAGAGUAGGAUCAUCCCACUGACCAGGGGAGUAGGAUGUAGUUGAGCCAUUUGUUUUUUUGGCAAACUCAUGAAUUUGGUCACAGGAGAGAGUAUCAACAGGCACUGGCACCUUUGGGUUGGCAAUAUGGAGGAAACCACGAUGCCAGACCAGGGAAGUAGCUGGAAAGACACUCCAGACUCACUGCCUAGGGAUGCCAGUCUGCAUGCAGACCCCAGGGAAGUGUGGGGAAUGGUAAAUCUCUGGGUGCUUGCCACACAUGUGAGCAUACACCUGCAUGUGUUUGUCCCAGAGUCACCCUGUUGGACAGAUGCUUUCGGGAGCAGCAGCUGGACCCCUUAUGCUAGUGUUUGGUGUGUGACAUCUGUUCCAAAGAACCCUGUUUUGCAGGCCUGGAAUGAGUAGCUGCCUUGAUUCUCUGACUCCCCCUCCCCCCAGGCCACUCUCUCCCUGCCUUUAAAGAAUACUCAUCCCUAAAUCCACAGCCUCCUCAGGCUCCAGCUUCACGGCAGCACGCACCAGCCUUCCUCGGCACACCGUAGUUUGGUGUUACUUUCCUGUUUAUACUACUAUUUUUUUUUUUAUUAAAUGGUGUUAAAUAGUCUCUGUGUGGCCAUAAUAGCUGAAAAAGAUAGCAGAGAUAAGAGGAUUGCAGUUCAAAACCAGCCUGGGCAAUAUAGUUCCAGAGACCCUAUCUUGAAAAUACCCAACACAAAAAAGGGCUGGUGA